CUACUUACUCCCACAUACUCCUUGACAGCUCCACAACACAGCGCUCGCCGGAGCGGGUCUCACCUGGCCGCCCUUUGACUGUUCCGCGCGGAGUUCACCUGUUUAUUUUUUUGAAUGAGACCCGGAGGAGACAUGGCUUCUCAGGAGACAUUUAACGACUCGGGGAGCAGCUCGUCCGAGGAGGACAGCAGCCGUGCGGACUUGGCAGAUGUGACGGCGGAGGAGAAGACAUCUCCGGUGGUGCGUCGGCAUCAUCAUCCUUUCAGCGUGGAGGCGCUCAUGUCCGGGAGGAAGACGGGCGGCCGCGGCGGAGAGUCCAUCCGCUGUAAACCCGAGGGAGGCUCCGUGGUGGCGUCUCCUGCAGGUUUAAACUCCCUUUAUCUGUACCGAGAGACGUGUAGUCCUCCCGGGGGAAGCCGAAAGGCUCUGUCUGCAUCGCCGGUAAAAUCCGAGGCUUCAGAGUCAGAGGAGUGCGCACCAUGGGUCACCAACAGCGCGUAUGGCACACAGCCGCCGCGUCACGUCAGUCCUGGCUGUCCACUGAGGAAACACAAGACCAACCGAAAGCCCCGCACUCCCUUCACCACGUCUCAGCUCCUGGCCCUGGAGAGGAAGUUCAGACAAAAGCAGUACCUGUCCAUCGCAGAGCGGGCCGAGUUCUCCUCCUCUUUGACCCUGACGGAGACCCAGGUGAAGAUCUGGUUCCAGAACCGCCGCGCAAAAGCCAAGAGGCUCCAGGAGGCCGAGCUGGAGAAACUCAAAAUGGCUGCAGACGCCAAGACGGCUGCGGUGGCGGCUGCGGCCGCAGGAGGUUUACACCCUGGCUUUACGUUACCGCUGUCGCUGGGCGCCAUGUCACUGUACGGACAGUCGUACUCUGCCUAUCACCACCACCACAGACCCAUACUGCCCAUCUCACCUUUAGGACUGUACGCUGCUCCUCUGGGCUACAGCAUGUACCACUUAUCAUAAACAUGGAAAUAUCACUGACUUUGGUGACGUGUUCCAAAGGAUUCCCAAAAAUGGACACAGAGGACGUGUGGCUGACAUUUAGAGAAUCAAUGUUUAUAAUAUAUCAACUGCACAAGGAGUGUUUGAAUCAACUUCCCAAGCUCUUCAAGUCAAAUAAGAAUCUAUUUUUUCCAACAGCAAGGAUAAAAAAAAAACCUUAAAUGUCUUCUUGCCCCUUUGGACUGCUUGUUUACAUGACCUAUCUAUAUGAGGAGGGGCGUUACUGUCCAGCUGUUUAUACUCUUCACAUGUUUACUUUUGCAAUAAUUGAGCUGGGCGAAGACUUGCACUGGGCACAAUAAUACAGUUAAACUUUUCACUUAAGCCUUUCUCUUCAUUCAGUACAGUGCCUUGUGUUGGAAAGGGCCUUAAAGACGAGACACUUUGUACGCUUGUGUGGAUGACGAGUGUUACAGCAACUCAGGCCAAAUAAAACAUAUCAGUGAAGCAUUCA